AAAACUAAAAACGUUCAACAAGUAUCCAUGCCAGCUACUAUAUAACUUCGCUUCAAUCUUCACUUCUGAUCCACAAAAACUCAAAUACUCUAACCGUCAAAACGAAACAAGAUGAAUAUCUUUAACCAAUCUCGAAACCUAAUCCUAGCCACAACCAUUUUCCUUGUUUUCAUUGUUCCCCUAAGAGCCCAAGAUAGCCCACAAGACUUUUUGGCCUCUCACAACCAAGCACGAGCAGCGGUUGGGGUGGAUCCUUUAAGUUGGGACGAGACGGUGGCUGCAUAUGCUCGUGACUACGCAAACCAGCGUAGAGGUGACUGCGCCUUGGAACACUCAAGUGGGCCCUAUGGAGAGAACAUCGCCUGGAGCAGUGGUGACAUGUCAGGUGUUGAAGCAGUUAACAUGUGGGUGAACGAGCAGGCUGACUACGAUUACGGUUCCAACACAUGUGCCUCAGGAAAACAGUGCGGCCACUAUACUCAGAUCGUCUGGAAAAACUCGGUGAGGUUGGGAUGUGCAAAAGUGAGAUGCGACAAUGGUCAAACCUUCAUUACUUGCAACUAUGAUCCUCAAGGUAACAUUGUGGGCGAGUGGCCUUACUAAAAAGAGUAGCCCCGUUUGAAGGUUCGGAAAAGUACAUGUUAUGUAUUAUCGUUUUUAUGUUGUUCAGUUAUACUAAAAAUAAUGAUUGGUUUGUCCGGUUCAGUGAUCUUUUGUACCAUAUACAUGUGUGAUUGUUAUAAUGGAAUAAGAAAACGAAAUGGUACGGCCUGCACUUGCUUUGCGUGAUA